AUGGCGUCCAGGCUGGUCCUUUUCACUCUUGCCGCGCUGGCUGCUGCGAACCCCAUCGACCCCAAUGUCGGUGAUGAGCGGCUGGCCCGCAAACAUGUGGAAAACACCAAACACCUUGCUCGUGCCGUCAUGUCCCCUCAGCAUCCCAAGGUCAAGGUCCGAUUCACCGACGCCGGCAACGCUGCCAAAGACAUGUACAUAAGAGACGACGGCAGCCGAAUCAUGGCGUCCAGGGCUGAGGACUCCAAGGACAAGGCCAAGGACAAGUCCAAAGACAAGACUAAGGACAAGAGCAAGGAUAAGAGCAAGGACAAAAACAAGGAUAAGAGCAAGGACAAGAAUAAGGAUAAGAACAAAGACAAGAACAAGGACAAGGGAUCUGGCAGCGGCUCCGGCUCUGGAGGCGGCAAGUCUGGCGGCGGAAGCGGCAGCGGAAGCGGAGGCGGAAGCAGCGGUGGCGGCGGGUCCAGCUCCGGGGGCGGAAGCACUGGUGGUGGUGGUGGCAGCAGCGCCAACAAUGGUACGACCCCCGGUGGCGGAGGUGGUGGUGGUCUGAAGAAGACUUUCCCAACCCCUGCCGGCACUGAGAACCUCUCUGCGGUUAGAACCAUCACCGGCUCGUUUGAUGGAGGCAUGAAGUUGUUUGACCGCGUACCGAGCACUUGCACCGGCGGUGAGGGAAGCCGUCAGGACGCUGCUUUUAUCCUCGAGGACGGCGCAACCCUGAGCAAUGUUAUCAUCGGAGGCGGCGCUGGUGAGGGUAUUCAGUGCGUUGGCAGCUGCACGCUGGAGAACGUUUGGUGGGACAAGGUCUGCGAAGACGCGGCCACCUUCCGACAGACCGGCGGCAAGUCCACUGUCCGUGGUGGCGGUGCUCGUGGCGGCUCAGACAAGGUCUUCCAGCACAACGGCGGCGGCACCGUCGAGAUCAUUGACUUUUAUGCUCAGAAUGUCGGUCAGCUGUACCGCUCCUGUGGCAACUGCAAGGGUCAGGUCGCGCGCACUUCCGUUUUCACCAACAUCUACGUCGAUGGUGCAAAGACCGUCGUCCACGUCAACGGAAACCUCGGCGACAAGGCGACCAUCAACGGCGCCUGCGUUCUUGGUGGCGCGACGGUUUGCAAGAACUCGAAGGGUGUUGAGGGCGGCGGCGAGCCUGGAGAUGCGCCCGAUGACCCCAAUGUCUGCUCGCAGACCAACGUGAAGACCUCUGGGUGCUAA